AUGAUGUUAAAAGAACGUAUUGUAUCUUUACCUUAUCAAAGAAAGUCGCUUGAAGCGCUCUUUGGGAGAAAGAGGAUGGGCUGGGUAAACGUACCUGAAUGGUUGAAUGAAGCAAUCAUUAAAAUAAUUCAAGGUCAAGAUAAGGAAAUAAUUAGAUUUGAUGCUGGACGGAUAUACAAGUCAUUUCGAUCAGUCACUGGAUACAAGGUGAAUACAGCAACAGAUCCAAUUUUUGGUCCUUGCAAAAGUGCGCAAAGAACUUUUAAACGUACUUUAAAGGAGGAACCUGAUAAUAAGCCACAUAUUCUUGAAUACGGCAAUCGUGAAUCUCUUGCCUAUGUUGCGGGCUAUUUACCAAUUACCUAUGGCCCAAUAUACAAUGUUCUUUAUGAAUUAAGCACACGAUUACCGGAUUUUUUCUCCAAAAAAUGUAAUGGAUUUUGGCACUGGGCAGCGCAUGAAGUAUGGGGCAACAAUAUAGAAAACUUUUUAGGAAUCGAUAUAUCCGAGGCUAUGCUGAGGAUGGCAGAAAAUAUAUUAUCUUAUCACAACAAAAUACGAAAUAUCGAUUUUAAAAAAUAUAUCACAUACGAUCCAAAAACAAGAUAUGAUCUUGUUAUUUCUGCAUUUACGUUUAAUGAGCUCCCAAAUGAUAAUAUCAGACAAUCCAUCUUGGAAUCUUUGUGGAAUAAAACGGAGGAUAUACUGGUAAUUGUUGUUGAUGAUUGCAAACCAUUUUUCCUUACUUCAUGUCGUUAUUCAAGGUUUUCUUUUCUUCAGGUGUUGAUUGAAAAAGGCACACCAGCUGGAUUUAAAAUAAUUGCUGAAGCACGUAAAAAAAUUUUACUUAGUUCAACUAAAUUGCAUGUGGAAGUCAACCCGCAAGCGGAUACACGAGGAGCUCAUGUUGUAGCACCGAUGCAAACAAAAAAGGUGUUAGGGAACAACUAUGAAGAUUCAAAGUAUUCUUAUGUAAUCCUGAGAAGGGGGCCGCGUCCUAGGAUGCCAACAGAAACAUCUGAAAAAUUGGAAAAAUUGACUCAUGAGAAUGCAAUAGAUACAGAGCUCGCUAGAGAUUUCUCAACAGAGGCCUUUUAUUGGGCUCGCUUAAUUUUGCCGCCUAUUAAACGAAGUGGUCAUAUUGUUAUGGAUUAUUGCUCUAAUACAGGUCAUAUUGAAAGGAUGAUAAUUCCAAAAUCACAAGGUAAAGUUCCUUAUCGUGAUGCUCGCAAAGCAAUGUGGGGUGAUUUGUUCCCUCAUCAACCAAAAAAACCUGCUGAGCGCAGAAACAUCGGAAUUGACAAAAAAAAUGAUAAAGAGGAAAUUUAUAUUAUGGAUGAAAUAGAAGAUGAUGCUGAUCAAGAAAAUUCGCCUAGAAAAAGAAACGUCCCACGAAAAAAAAGCGAAUUGUAA